AUCCUAAGUAGGCGUGUCUCAAACUAGCACCAAUGGCAGUAAGGGACACUCCAUGGUCUUCAUUAAAAAUGGCACCUAUUGAUGUGACAUUUGGUCUUUCUGAAGCUUGCAAGAAAGACUCCAGAUCCCCAAAAGUCAACCUAGCUAUUGGCGUAUACAGCAAUGACGAUGGCAGCUCAUUUGUCUUUCCCGUUGUCCAUGAAGUUGAGAAGUAUAUUGCUGGAAAAGGGUUGGACAAAGAGUACGCAGGGAUACUGGGACUGGAGAGUUUUAGAAGAGCCUCUCUUGAGUUUGCACUUGGAAGUGAGAGCAAAGCAGUGAUUGGAGGUCUAUGUGCAACAGCUCAGACAGUAGCUGGUACAAGUGCCCUCAGAGUCAUUGCUACCUUCCUGGCUAAACACUAUCCAUAUGAGAAGACUCUUUAUAUUUCUGAAUACACUUGGCCUAACCAUGCACCUAUUUUCAAGGAAGCUGGGUUUAGUGUGAAAUCCUUUCGAUACUAUAACUGGAAGACUGGCGGGUUAGAUUCAGAAGGACUUUACCAAGAUCUAAAGUCAAUUCCCAAGCAUUCUGUUGUUCUGUUUCAAGCUUGUGGACACAAUCCAACUGGAGUAGACCCAGUGGUUGAAGAGUGGAACGAAAUAUCAAAGAUAUGCAAGGAUUGUGGCCACUUUGUUGUAAUUGAUAAUGUUUAUCAAGGCUUUGCCAGUGGUAGUCAUGAGAAAGAUGCUACUAGUAUAAGAAGAUUGGUAGAUGAUGGAAACAAUGUAGCCAUUUGUCAGACUUUCUCCAAAAAUUUUGGACUGUAUGGUGAGAGAGUAGGGACUGCUACUAUUGUAUGCUCUUCUGUUGAUGAGAAAAGGAUUGUUGAGUCUCACUUGAAGCUUGUCAUACGUCCUAUGUAUUCCAAUCCACCAAUCAAUGGGGCUAGGAUUGCAACGGAGAUACUUACUAACCCACAGUACAGAAAUCAAUGGUUAAAGGAGUUUAAUGUUGUCUUUGAAGACAUACAGUCAAAGAGGGUUGCCUUUCACGAUGCAUUAGUUAAAACUGGAUCUAAGAGAGAUUGGUCUCAUAUUCUAAGACAGAAAGGAUGGUUUUGUUUCACUAGCCUCUCUGAAGAACAGGUUGCAAUGCUAGAAAAAGAUUAUGCCAUCUACAUGAGUAAGGCAGGUCGUGUCCCAGUAGUAGCUUUGAGAACUAGUGAAAUUGGCUAUUUGGCUAAUGCAAUACAUUCAGUUAUGAAAUAAUUAUUAUUAAAAAAAUUUUAAAGUUUGUUUUAGAUAUAAUUAUCUUUUCUUAUUAUUCAAUGACCAAGUUUUAAGAGUAUUCAAAAAUAA